AUCUGAGCUCGGAAGCAGCCACACCAGCGUCUAUCCCUCACCCACGAGAGCUGGCCUUCACCUUCCCGGGAGGAGGAGGGGGCGGUGGCCCUGUUGUGAGCGUGGCUGGGGGCGGUGCCGUGGACAAAGGCGGGACCAGUGGCUCCUCGGACGGACAGCCAUCAACCCCUCCCUCAGGAUACAACCCGGGGAGGCGGAGGGCGUCAAUGCACGACGCUAUCGACCUCACCAAGAUAGAUGCUCGCCUCUAUGACAAGAAG